AUGUGCCAUACCAGCUGCUCCUCAGGCUGCCAGCCAGCCUGCUGCGUGUCCAGUCCCUGCCAGCCAACCUGUUGCGUGCCCAGCUCCUGCCAGGCAUCCUGCUGCGUGCCUGUGGGCUGCCAGUCCUCCGUGUGUGUGCCUGUGAGCUUCAAGCCAGCCGUGUGUGUGCCUGUGAGCUGCAGGCCCAUUGUGUAUGCGGCCCCCUCCUGCCAGUCUUCCCUGUGCGUGCCUGUGAGCUGCAGGCCUGUUGUUUAUGGGGCUCUCUCCUGCCAGUCCUCCGGGUGCUGCCAGCCCUCCUACACCAGCGUCCUCUGCAGACCCAUCUCCUGCGGCAUCCCUUCCUGCUGCUGA